ACCGUGACCUACAAUCACCUAGAGUCGAACGAAACCAUCACCACGGGACGAGUCUACCUCUAGCCGCUUGAACCAUCUGACUAUUGUGCGACACACAGCAACGUCACCGUGUUCGAGCGCCCCUCUUUUGUCUAGAUCGUCUCUGACGACGACGACGACGACGCCUCCCGACCCUGUUUUUCUGUUGGGAGAAACCUGUCUCGGAAAUAUCCAAGACCUUAAUCUUCAAUUAACCCGCCAGACUUACACACCAUUAAAUGUUUCCUCCCUCUCUUCAACCACCGCCACCUCCAGGACCCUUAGCGCCGGGUCUUGCUCCCCUCAGCGCAUCACCGCCUUUAUCUUUGUCAGGACAGCGUCGCAAUGUUGAUAUCCGCCUUGACACACCGGUUGUGAAAGUAGCCAGCGGUACCCUACCCUCUCACCAUCGUCUGCGCAUCGGCACAGUCGACGGCCUCCAUCGUCGUCUAGGUGGCGAGGCAGCUGCUGGUGCGGAUACCCGUCCCGAUUACUUUGUCGACCCGCAAGUAGACACCCAACUCGACGAUCCCGACGCCCAAGACACGGAACCACAACCAUUCGAAACCUUUCCUCACGUCGUUAACCCGCCUGCUCCCACCGGAACCGUUAUAUCCGUCACCAUGACUCCCACAUCGCAACCUACGUCGUCAACAUCACAACAAGCCUCCCCCAUGGCUCAUCAAACAGACAACAACACCGAAUGCCGCCUACUCGGCCCUUUCGCCAUCCUCGUCCAAAUUGCCCUCGGCUGCUUGGCUCUAUUAUCACUAGUCUACAAGCGCUGGCGCGAACGGCCACAAAGACCGGUCAAGAUCUGGUUCUUUGAUGUGUCGAAACAAGUCUUUGGGAGCGUCUUGGUGCACGCCGCCAAUGUGUUUAUGUCCAUGUUGACAAGCGGCAAGUUUGAAAUCAAAGUGUUGGAUCCGGUGGCAGUGGCGGUGGGGACCAAGAUGGUGAAGCGCGCUGUGGAAUAUGGGUUAUUGAGUGCGAGAGGAGAAGACGAGUACACGCCCAAUCCGUGCUCGUUCUACUUGUUGAACUUGGCUAUUGAUACAACCCUCGGCAUCCCAAUCCUCAUUCUCAUCGUCCGCCUCCUCUCCCGCGGCCUCCAAUACACCCCCCUCGGCCAACCUCCCGAAUCCCUCCAAUCCGGCAACUACACCCCCCUCCACUCCCCACCCGGCACCAAACCGCGCUGGAGCUGGUGGUUCAAGCAAUCCAUCAUCUACUUCAUCGGCCUCUUGGGCAUGAAGUUCUGCGUGCUCAUCAUCUUCAUGGUCUUCCCCUGGAUUUCGCGCGUGGGCGACUGGGCCCUCGGCUGGACCGAGGGAAACGAACGGCUGCAAAUCAUUUUCGUCAUGAUGCUUUUCCCGCUCAUCAUGAACGCCUUACAGUACUAUAUCAUUGAUUCGUACAUCAAGAAGGACGAGAAGAUUCCUCAGGAAGGGGCGGAGAGUGAAGGGUUGGUUACAGGACGGGGUGACGCGGAGGCUGCUGGUGCUGAGGAGAGGGGAAGGGGAAGAGGGGUUUAUGAUAUCAUCAGUGGGAGUGAUGACGCUGGUAGUUCCAGGGAUGGUGAUAGUGAUGGGGAGGAAGAAGAGGAGGAUGAGGAUGAGGAUGAACUUCCCAAGGACAAAGUUGCUGAGGUGGUCGGUCAUAAAAAGAGGGGGUUCAAGACCAGGACUAAAGCAGUGAGAGAAGAGGAAUAUGAUCCAGCGGUGGAUGGAGAUACCCCGACCGUCAUUGGGAGUAGCUCCAGUGCGGUGUCGGGUGUGUCGGUGAAGGAUUGAAGGAGUCUGAUUUCUAUUCACGAUUGAGAGGGGAUGAAAGGACAUGUUAGUUGACCCGCCUUUCGUCUGACGUCUUGUCUGGC